UAGUGUAGAUGUCAAAUAUGAACGGAAUACUGCUCCUUUUGCUUUUUAGAGGGAUGCUUUCGUCUUCAACGCAAACUAUUGAUGAGCGAUAUCAAAAGGCAAAAACUGCGUUAGAGUAUGUUGAACGUGUUCGAACGUCAUCUUGUAACGGUGGUACCGAAGAAACUUUACCUGUUUCGUUUGAUCAUCGCAUCUGGGCCGAGUACGCUCAUGUCGCUAUUAAAAUGGCAAAUUUGCUAACAAAGAUUGUUAUAACCAAUUCAAAUAAAUUAGAUACAACAGAAAAAUUUCUAUUCGAUCUUGUUCGGAACAACGUCGAUAACGACAGCCCUAUUUUUGGUUCAGCAAUUGCUGUUGAAGAAUGGGUUUAUCCUAAAUUUAAAACUUUUUGUCCUUAUUCGUACAAGAAGAAAGGAGUUUUUGCUCACGAUAUUUCAUUAAAUUACAACUACUUGAGUAACGCCACAGAAUGGUAUCAUACACUUCGCUUCAAGAAUUGGACUUCGGCUAGAGUUUCUGUUAACGAGGUAACUUAUAGACAUAAUUCAACAUCUCAUAGCGCCAAGAAAUUAAUAUACCAGCCCAUGUCCGUCAUGGAAUAUGGGCACUGGACAGCUCCGUAUUACGAUUGUGGAGGUGGUGAUAUAUGGAUGGUUACAUAUUCGAGUCCAAUAUUUGGCUUCAAACCCAAUAACAUACCCUUUUUUAGGGGAAUAGCAACAAUCGAUAUUGAGUUAACAAAUAUAGAUAUUAACCAGUGCGAUUUGGAAGACAAUCCUACUCGAACUACCUCUUCUUCCGUGGACGUUUUUAGAGGAACGCAUAACUGUCCUCUGUCGACCACAUGCGUUCCAAUUCUUGGUCAAGGCUUUAUUCGUGGGGCUUACAAGUGCGUGUGUUCCGUUGGCUAUUACUUUCCUGAUAUUUCUGCAUCAGUUAAAUCCUACAAUGGUUCGUCUAUUGAGGAAGCUUUAGCAAACGCUACUAGCAUAACUCAAUUUCAAUGUAAAAAGUGUGCCGAGGGCUGUGAGACGUGUAUAGAUGAUUCACCAUGCUUAUAUUCUUUCGUUCUACCUAUCCGGGUAGCUCUUCUUGUUCUUGUUGUCAUCUUAUUUGCUUCUGUCAUAUGUUUAUCAGCUGGAAUAUCCAUAUUCCGAAAUACAAGGGCUAUAAAAUCAGCAAGUCCUCUCUUCUUACACUUUAUGGCCGUUGGGUCAGCCUUGAUGUGUACAUCAACGCUUUUCACAUAUCCCGAACCAACAUGGGCAACGUGUGUAUCCGCCAUGUGGACUGAACAUAUCGGAUUUGCACUGGCCUAUGGAGCGUUACUACUUAAAACUUGGAGAAUCUCUGCAAUUUUUACUGUAAAAUCAGCGAAAAAACUCAAUUUAUCGGAUAGAAAAUUGGCAAGAGGGUUUAUACCAAUUGUACUAUUCGCUACAAUCUUUUUAGCAGUAUGGACAGGGGUUGGAAAACCUGAGGUGAUUUGGUCAAAAACAUCAUCAGAUCUUAAAUUUAAAAGUUGUGACUACGGUUUUUGGGAGUAUAUUGCUAUUGUUGUUGAAUUUUGUUUCCUUCUAUGGGGUGUUUAUUUGUGCUACAUUGUUAGGAAAGCACCGAGUCACUUCAAUGAAAGUAAAUACAUUACAUGGUCCAUUUACAAUAACGUCAUACUUGGAACUUUCAUGAUAAUUAUAGAGAGGUUUAUAGCCUUUCAGAGAGGUCCAGACAUUAUUUAUUUGUGUCGAUGGAUCCACUUACAGGUUGCUGUUACCGGAAUGUUAACGCUUAUUUGUAUUCCAAAAUUUUACGCAAUAGUUUCUAAAAAGAAGGACGAUGCAAUAAACAAUGAUAACUUUACGAUAACAGGAAGAACAGUUGGUCCUAUGGUAUCGGCACCAACUGACGUUUUCGAAGCGGGAAAGCCUUUAAGAGAUGUAUCAACGCAGACCGAAUCCUGUCUUAUCAAAGUUUGCAAUUCAACUACAGACAACUUUAAACUACCACUACCAGCCAAUUAACUACUUUAGAUGACAAACAAAAAGUAGCCACUAUUUUAAUUAUAGCAAAAAUAAUCAUGUUCAAAUUUUUUUGCACCUAUAGUAUAAAGUUUAAACGUAAUACAGUGACAUAUUUGUGCUUCUUCUUAGCCCUAUUAUCUUAAUCUUUACCCAAACAUGCUCAUUUGAUAGCUAACCCAAAUGACUAAAGCCUUCCUUUUUA